AGGUUGUGGUCAAGCGCCACGGAAGGUCCCCUGCAGAGCCGACAUGAGACAGAGAUCUUCACGAGUGCAAAAUAACCGUGUCUUUCCUACAUGGGGUACAGACUUCUCUCCUCCAAGGUUGUCCCAUAGCUGGCGUUAACGUGUCCCCAAGAAAAGUACAAAACGAAAUUCAACUGAAAUAGACAUACUGAAUAUUUUUUUUAUCGAAAUAGUGAGAAACACCGCAUAAAACCUGAACGAAAAAAGUGAAUAACACCACAUUAAAAACUUUACGAAAUAGAGAGAAACAUCACAUAUGAAACGUUAACGAAAUAGUGAGAAAUACCAGUUAUCAAGCUUUAACGAAAGAGAGGGAGAGAGAGAGAAAGAAAAAUAUGAACGACUCCAGAACGACGAAGACCCUACCUCACCUCACAAACAUGGACGAGGGAGAAGCCACAAUGCCUCCAGUACAGACCAACGCCUCCCGCCUGUCUCACGAAACCGUAAUACCCCUUUCAGCGUCCACGGUUGAAGGCAGCUGGGUGACGGUGGUGGAGGUAGCAGCUUUUUUGGUGGUGGUGGUGACUCUGGCGGCCGUGAUUCUGACGUGGGCGGUGGUGGUGAUGAGGAAAAAGAAGGAUGGCUUGUCCCACAGAAGGUCCUCCUCCACCUUCUCCACCUUCUCCACCUUCUCCACCACCUCCUCCUCCACCUCCCCCUCGGAAACGGCGGGGCUACUCGAGGGUUUGCGAGAAACCCCGAGAUCGUAUGGCAGAUUCGCCACUCUAACGGAAAACGAGAAACUGUACCUCUUGUGCAACUUGAAAGAAUUUUACUAAUUCUUUCUUUGGUUGGAAUAAUGCCUCAUGGGUUUCGUGUCUGUA